CAUUGGUCCUCUUAGGUGAAGACACACUCUUUAAAAGAACAAACAGGAAAUGCAAAGGAACUCUAAUGUAUCUAAAAGUGGACUUCACUCAUUUCUCCUUGUCUAAGCCAGCCAGAUGAACACAUACACAACAACCCACAACGCCAAGAUAAGGCAUCUGUGCUCCUGCCUUGUCCUGUGCUUGCACUUGGCCUCAGGUGUUGUACCUGGUCCAUGUGUACAUUCUGUGACUGAGGAACAUCUUCUGAAUUUAACAAAACUGAUUUUGAACCAAGUCCAAAGUGGCUGUUCUAUAACUUAUAGCUUCACCGAACGCCAGCACCUGAGUGAAGUCUGUUACAUAAAAGCAGCAUUCCCUCACAUCCUGGACCUUUUGAACACACACUUCACAUAUGACAACAAUUCUGAUAACCAUCACUACACAAGAUCACUGAAGGACUUGAUACAAAACAUUUAUUCCCAUGAAUGUAUCCCUCAAAUCAAUGAAGAGAUUGAGGAAAGUCCAGUAAAGUUUGCAAGACUGCACACGUCUUCGCCCAGGGAGGGUCUACAAAAAACAGAGGAGGUCUUUCAGAUGUUUAAAAACCUGAUGAGUAAAAGUGACAAAGCAGUGAACUGGAACUGUGAGGAUGAGUAUGCAAACAACCUUCCAGAAGCCACCACUGCACUUAACAUUCAAACAACAGGUACCACAGAGUGCCAGUGCUCUUGCCCUCAAGCAAUGAAAUAUUUCAUCUUCACCAAAUCUGCUCCAACUUCAUCACCGGCAUCUUACACUCAAUCAAAAGCUUACAUCUCCAUUAACACAAAUGAAGAAUCUAGAGCACCUCUAGAUCAAAAUUCUGCAAUUUCACCAGUUCCAGGUCCUAUCACUGGGCUGUACACCAAAACUGAACUCUUUCUUGAAGAACGGUCUGGACCAGCUCAAGAGGAAUCUACAAACUUUAUUAUGUCCACCAUUUCAGAUUUGAUGGAUAACAGCAGGGAUUCUUCUGUUGCAAUGAGGAGUGAGCCACAACCAGUUACAUUUACUCCCACUGCAUCCUCAAGUGAAUUACCAAGCAUACAAACAAGAACUCUUUUCCAAUCAGCAACAUCACAGCCGACUGAAAAAAUAAACACACCACUGAUAUCUGAAAGGAACCCAGUGCAAAUACUUGCUAAGAGGUCUUUAGAUACCAGUGAGCAAGGAAUGCUGUCUGAUUCCUACUUCAAACUGCUUUGGCGUAGGAUUACUGAAAACACAGGAAUUAGGAAGGAGGUCAAACUUGAAGAGAUCAUAAGCAAAGAAACAGAAAACCUCCCUCUUGGAAAUCAGAACAGUCCUACACACCUUCAGAUGCAACUUCACAUGCCAAGGAAUGUAUUUAAAAUCACCAGCAAGGAAGCAGAUUUCAAAGAUCCCACAUUUCGAAAAGACACUGAAGACAGAUCAGAUCAGAAAUCCAUAAAGCAUGUAAAGAGAAACUCGGUGGAAAAUGAGUACCAGCUUGCAAACAUUUCUAUCUAUUCAACGUUCCUGACUACAUCUACAUGCACAUUACUGCUGAUCCUUACACUUCUCUUCUACUACAAGCACCGAAAGAUCAAGGAUGUACAAAAAGAAGACAGGACUGUACAUUUCUAAAAGAAAAAAACAACUGGUAGGUUGCUGCAUAUAGGAUUUCUAAUAAAUAGGUAUUUUUUUGUAUGCUCAAUACUCAAUGGGGGAAAAACUGUGGGGGGUUUCAUUAGAGUGAUUCCAUGAGUGGGGCGUUUGCAAAUCUGUCUUUGGGAACGCUUCCCCGUUUCCACGCUCUGAAUCACAUGUGUAAUCGGUCCAAUGGAAAAACGUGACGUCACCUGACUCUGAAGUUAUAAAAGCACAUGCCGUAGAAAUGGUGCUAGGUUCGAAAGUGAAGGAAGCGCUCGCAGAGAUGCAGGGAGUGUGGCCUGGAGACGCAGCAUCUCAUUCCCUCAGGGAACCAGGUUUACAUAAGUAAAAUAGAGACAUUAUCUUUCAAAAACUCGAGCUGCGCCAACAGUUCUUUGGGAACGAGUGUCCAAUACCACCAGACUGACAAUCCCUGCUUAGUGUGGAUAGGCAUAGCUACAGUAGGUUGAAGGACAGAGGGGCCAAGAGUCCUUUUGUGAUAACCUUCUGUCCCUGAGCCACCACUGUAAAGGUUGCGUGUAUAGGAGGCCAUGGGGCACAACAUUGGAUGCAGCUGCCAUCAGACCCAGCAGUCCUUAAAACUGUUUCACAGUGAAUAGCUGGCCUCCUCUCACUCCCUUGACCCCUGUGAGGAAAGCCUCGACUCGUGCAGGAUACAUAGCGGUCGAAUCCCACACUAUGCCUAGAUUGGUGGUUCUCUGUACAGGAGAAAGAGCUUUUUUUUGGCGUUAAGUCUUUACCCCAAUUCUUUCAUAUUGGCGAGAAUGAAAUCUCGAUGAAGGGUCACCAGGUGCUCUGAUCGAGCUAAUAUUAACCAGUCGUUAAUAUAGUUCAGUAUGCGGAUGCCCUAGAGUCUCACAGGAGCCAAAGCCGCAUCCACACACUAUUAGAAGGUGCAGGGUGAGAUUGCAAGGCCAAAUGGAUGAAUAUUGUUAAGCUUUGGCCCCGAAAGCAAACCAAAGGAACUUCCUGUGUGAAGGAAGGAUGAAUACGUGAAAAUAAGCGUCCUUUAGAUCUAUCGUGACAAACCAGUUCUUUGGAACUAUGAAGUACCGGCUGCAGAACCCAGACUAUCUGUCUAGUCGAGGGACAACCCUGAUGGCCUUCUUCCCUGAAAGAGUGAUUACUUCCUGUUCCAUGACCAGAGCCUGCUCGGUUCCCACCAAAGUGGGACACACCCCGUUGAACCAGGGUGGACGAAACCUAAACUGAAUUGUAUAGCCUUUCUCUACAGUGCACACCCUGGCGCCGCUCAGGGGCCUCCUGAAAGGCGGCGAGCCCCCAAUCCGCAAAAUUUUACAGCGGAGGCUGAAGGGGUACAUGCUAGAGAUGGCUGUGCCAUAAAGCACUCUUUGUGGCAGGGUAAACGAGCUGAUCCCCAGAGUGAGCAAUGGAGGGGGAAAGCAUGUCGCCCCCCUGGCAAAGACCCCAAAAAUCUCCUGGCUGUAAUGAUAUUUUGGCCAAAGCCCUAUUAUAGAAAAUAACGGUCCUUAGAUCUGUCAGCUCCCUCAGCCUCGACCUGGAUCCCUAGUUUCUGGGGAGCGCGAGUAGCGACACUCUUCUUUAAAUUUACGAUGGGCUGCGGUUGGGGCUGCGCCCGCCAAACAGCCCCAUGAGAGGGGCGAGGGAGGAACUACUGGAACACCACCAACAGUUCCUUUGCCUCCUGGAAUUUCUCAAUGACCAUAUUCAAAUUUGACAUGGCAGGUAUAAGCCUAAUAUAUGUAGUCCUCAGAGGCUUGGUGCGCAGGACUGGGACCUUAAGGAAUAAUGCAGCACCUGGGGAGAGAUAGUCAGCCAGUGUCUCUUCAAACCGGGGCAUGUUCCCAUAACUGCACUCCUAAUAAGGGCUGCUCCACAACCUGGUUACCUCAAUGUGCAGGUCUGAAAAAAACGGCAGACCCUGGCAUGAAGAUAAUGAUGGCGGUCGAGGAAAACGUUCAUUCAGCUUGUUUAGGGGACGUUGUUUCUGCAUAUCGGCUGGUCAAGCGAUAUCCAGCUUGGCUACAGCCUGCGUUACUACCUCCAGCAGCUCCCCGAACUAAACUGGUUGUGGGUGUGUAUCCUCUACAGGAUAGCUUGCUUCUAUACCCUCCCCCUCCUCAGAAGAAGAGAGGUGCUGUGUAUCGCUCUCUGCACAGAGGGAAGAAAGCGCCAAAAGGCAUGCUUCUAAACCCUGGGAGAAAGCACAGAUCAAAUUGCGAGCCCCAAGACAUGAUUCGCUGCUUCACUUCGGCCAGAAUCGCGAGGAGUGGAAGUGCCCUCCUCAAAGAGUGCUCUCCUGGAGCAGAACGUCCGCAUGGACAUAUGCUCGCAAUUCGGGCAGCCGGCUACCUCGAGAGUGGACCGAGCAUGCUCCGCCCCUAAGCAAACAACACAAGCAAGCUAGCAAGCUAAAGCCUGCCAAAACACACACACACACACACACACACACACACACACACACACACAAAACGCUUCCUGAACAAAUAAAAGCUAGCGCCAGCUUCACGGCACGUGCUUUUAUAACUCCCAGGUUGAGAUGUCACUCCGCCGAUGACUUUGCACUUUUCUGUUCGAACGAUUUGUGAUUCAGAGAGUGGAAGUGUUCCCAAAGCGUUGCUGAUGCAGUCCCUGAAAGGCCAAAUGACCAAAAACUUAAUAGCCUUACAUGCUAAAUAUAAAUUAUAAUCUUUCAUCAGAGUUCACCUCAUGGGUCAUUAAAAAAAAAAGAAAUAAAAAAUAAGUAAAUACAAUUAAUAUUUAUUACUGUUUUCACUGUUUCACUGUUCUUAUUGUGACAUGUGACUUUUCCAGAUAUUUCAUAGGGGUGAAUUUGUUCAUGUAACAUGGUGGAGUGAAUGUUGUGGAGCACUACAAAUGUAGAUGUUUUUUUUUAAAUGAUGAAGGAGAUCAUGAGAUACAGGUAUAAGUUUAUUCUCUCUCUCUCUCUCUUUCUCUCUCUCUCUCUCAAAGCAAAAGUUAUAUUUGUUAUAUUUGAAGUAUCUUAUAUUUCUAGGUAAAGUUAUAGUGGACUGGGCAGGCAAACAAAAAAUGCUAUAUUAUUGUUAUAAUUAUAAUUAUUAUUAUUAUUUCAAAGUUAUUUAUCUGAAAUAGACAUUGUUGUGAAUGUCACACAAUAAAAUUAUCACCUGCUUUUAA